GUGGGCGCCCGCUUAUUGGCUCAGCGGUACUUUUGUGGAAGGCGCUGGGCAUUCUGGGUAGGGCACUUUCAAGCCAGCCAUAUUGCUAAAUCGCCUUGACUGAAGGAGAGAGGGGAGAUGAAGGGGAUUCGGGGAAUUAGUCAGUUAUCGAGACGGUUCCAUGUGGCUGCCAGAGCAGGCCAGUCCCUCGCCCAGCCUCUUGCUGGCCUCAAGCUCUCUCCAGGGGGUGCACACUCCUUAAAGGAUAUCCAUGUGACCAGACUGCCCAGUGGACUGGUGAUUGCCUCCUUGGAGAACUUCUCUCCAGCCUCCAAGAUCGGUGUGUUUGUCAAGGCCGGCUGUCGCUAUGAGACCCCUGCCAACCAGGGGGUCACCCACCUCCUCCGGCUGGCCUCCAACCUGACAACCAAAGGAGCUUCAUCUUUCAAGAUAUGCCGUGGUGUUGAGGCAGUGGGAGGCAGCCUGAGUGUGACUUCAUCCAGAGAGAACAUGAUCUACACCGUUGACUGCUUGAGAGAUGACAUUGACACAGUGAUGGAGUAUUUGAUCAACGUGACAACAGCCCCAGAGUUCCGGCCAUGGGAGGUGUCAGACCUCACGCCCAGAGUGAAGAUGGACAAGGCCCAGGCUGCACAGAGCGCUCAAAUAGGCGUGAUCGAAGGUCUGCAUGAAGCUGCCUACAAAAAUGCUCUCUGUAACUCCCUGUACUGUCCUACCCACAUGGUUGGCAACAUCCAGUCUGGCCAUCUGCACCAGUUUGUCCAGAACAAUUUCACAAGUGCAAGAAUGGCUCUUGUUGGACUUGGUGUGGACCACACGGUGCUAAAGCAAGUUGGCGAACAAUUCCUCAACAUCCGCAGUGGGACAGGCACCACUGGGGCCAAGGCUCAGUAUCGUGGAGGUGAGAUCCGUCUGCCCAGCCUCAGCAGCCUGGUCCACUCAGCGGUGGUGAGCGAGUCAGCAGCUGCGAGCACCAGCGAGGCUCUGGCCUUCAAUGUGCUGCAGCAUUUGCUGGGAGCUGGUCUGCACGUCAAGAGGGGCUCAGGUGCCUCCAGCAAACUGGUCAACGGUGUUGCCAAGGCAACUGCUGACCCCUUUGAUGUCAGUGCUUUCAACUCGGGCUACUCGGACUCUGGUCUGUUUGGGGUCUACACCAUUUCCCAGCCUGCAGUUGCCGGUGAUGUGAUUAGGGCCGCUCUUGCCGAGGUGAAGGCUGUCGCUGAUGGUGGAGUCACAGCUGCUGACCUUACUCGGGCCAAGGCCCAGCUAAAGGGGCAGUUCCUGAUGUCCCUGGAGACUUCAGAGGGUUUGCUGGAGGCCAUGGGCACCCAGGCCCUGGUCGAGGGAUCCUACUGCACCCCUGAGCAAGUCUCCAAAAACAUUGACAACGUCUCCUUGACUGAUGUCGCCAAUGCUGCCAAGAAAUUUGUGACAGGCAAGAAGACUAUGGCAUCCAGCGGAAACCUCAUCAAAACGCCCUUUGUGGAUGAGAUCUAAAGUCUUCUUCAUCACCUCAUACUGUACCUAACUCUGAAGGCAAAGCAGAAUUUGAUUCAUCUACGUUGACGAAAACAAAACAAAGCAUCGGAGGGAAAUAACACCACUGGGUAUUUAUAGGUGUUGUAACAGUCUAUUUUAGGUGAUGCUGCUCUGGCGUAUCACAAUGUCGUGCUGCACUCAUCUGCCAACGUGAACUGUAUAGCUGAUGUAAAAUAAUGAAUAAAUUCUAUCUACCUUA